AUGUCGGAGAAGCUGUCUAAGUUACUGAAACUAAAGUCAGGGGGUGCAUAUGUUCCCCCAGCAAAGCUUCGAGAAUUAAUGGCUCAAGUUGAACUCGAAGAAAACUCGAAAGAAUUUCAAAUACUGCAAUGGGAGGCCCUAAAGAAAAAUAUCAACAGCUCAGUCAACAAAGUCAACAAAAAGAACUUGAAGACUAUAGUUGUAGAGUUGUUUAAGAAUAAUUUACUACAGGGAAGGGGGUUAUUAUGUCAGUGCAUAAUGAAAUCCCAACAAUUAUCAACAUCGUACACUGAUGUUUAUGCAUCGUUGGUUUCCAUUAUAAACUCCAAAAUCCCCGAAGUUGGUGACUUGCUAGUGAGGCGAUUAAUAGUGAAAUUUAAAAGAUUGAUAAGGAGAAAUGAAGCAGAACAAUGUCGGUCAGUUGUUGUUUUUCUCUCAGAAUUAUUCAAUUUCCAUGUAAUCAAUUCGGAAUUGGUACAACAAAUUAUUGACAAAUUAUUUGAAAAUAUUAGUGAUUUUAGAAUUGAGAUGAUUAUUGAGAUAAUGAGACAUUGUGGUAUUACCUUGCAUGAUGAAAAUGGUAAAUGGUUUGACCAGAAAGCCAACCUAUUAAGAAACGUAUUAAACGAAAAUAUAGUUAAUCCGAAAUCACAGUAUCUCAUCCAAGAGUUUUUUGAUAAUUUUAAAGGUCUUGUUACUAAUUAUAACGGGAUUGAUGAAAGUCUAGAUUUGGUUGAAGAAGAAGAUCAGAUCACUCAUAAUUUUACCUUAAGUGAAAACGUCCUGGGUGAUGACCACUUAGAUGUUUUCAAAUUUGAUCCUAAUUACGAGGACAAUAGGGAAAAAUACAAUAUUAUCAGAAAAGGGAUCUUGGGGAGCGAUGUAGAAACAGAUUCAGAUCAGGAAGUAGAUAAUGAAAGUUCUGAUUAUUCUAGUGAUUAUGACAAUGAAGAGGAAGAGAAACAAGAUGUUGAUGAUGACGAUAAUCGCCAAUAUACAGAUGACAAAGAAAGAAAUAAAUUGACAGUACAGAUCAAAGACCUGACGGAACAAGAAUUAACUACUUUCCAGAAGAAUGUUUAUCUUACUAUCAUGUCCAGUAUGAGCCCCGAGGAGGCAACCCAUAAGCUCUUAAAGUUGCCUGCAGUUGAUCCAAAGAGGAAAGAGUACAUGCUGGUUGACAUGGUGAUCAAAUGUUGUGCGCAAGAAAAGAUAUAUUCAAAAUACUACGGAUUGAUAGGAGAAAAUCUUGCAGUGAUCAACAAAUCAUGGGCAGAAGUUUUCCAGGCUUUAUUUAAAGAAAACUAUCAAAAUUGUCAUAGAUAUGAGACUGCGUUGUUAAGAAACAUAGGCGCAUUUUGGGGGCAUAUGUUUGCAAGUGACAAAAUUGGGUGGGAAUGUCUUUCUGUUAUCAAACUUACCGAAGAAGACACAACAUCUUCUGGUCGUAUAUUUAUCAAGUUUAUUUUUCAAAGGAUGGUUGAUGAAUUGGGUGAUAAGAAGUUGAAUGAACGCAUUAGUGAAGACUAUAUUCAACCAUUUAUCAGAGGUUUGUUUCCUGUUGAUAAUCCUGAUCAUUUAAGGUUUUCCAUUAAUUACUUUACUGCUAUAGGAAUGGGUAAAUUGACCGAUAAAAUGAGAUCCAAUCUAAAUAUUCUAACUGAAAAGGAUAAACUUAUUACUAGCCUAGUUAAUAAUGGAUCUGAUAGUGAUGAAUCUGACGUGAGUAGUCCUCAUCGAGGAAGAUCGAGGUCUAGGUCCCCCCAUAUUGGCAGAUCUCAAAGUUACUCAAGAUCAAGAUCCACAUCACGCGAGAGAUACAACAGAGGUACACUUGUAAGUGCAGAAGAUCGCAUAGGAAUGUCAUCCUUUGAGAGAGAAAGAAGCUAUUCUAGGUCGAGAACUGCUUCCCCUGCAAGACAAAAUCAUAAAAACGACAGAACUGAUAAUAUUCCUAAGGGGCCGAGAAUUAAUCACAAUGAUAAUGGUCGUGGUAAGGGGCAUGGUAGGGGGCGUAGUGGGUGGCGUGGUAGGGGUAGGGGUAGGGGAGGAUAUUCCGCUAAUCGGAGCAGAUAUAGAACGCAAGAAAACUGGAAUUAUGCAGGGAGAAAUGGAAGCAACCAAUUCAGAGAUGAUUUGAGUUACAAUAAGCGACACAAUGAUCACCAGUAUGAUCAUCCUGCAGCAAAUAGAGACUAUUACAACAGACAAAGAGAAAAUAGGUAA